ACCCACUCACACAUUAGCCACUCAACCACCCACUCACAUCACCCACCCACUCACAUCACCCACCCACUCACACAUCACCCACCCACUCACACAUCACUCACCACACUGCAAGUUAUCUGACUUCUCCCUCUGCUUCUUUCCUCGCUCUGCUCCAUGAUGGAGUCCCCCUCCCCACAGCAUCAUCAUCGUCUCUUCCCCCAAGCUCGUAGAACGAUAACAUUAAGAAACACGUUUACUGUUAUCCGUUUACAACUUUGAAGAGUGCUGUUUGUUGCUGGCCCACUUGGUGCUUUGGGCCAGCGCUCGUCCACUGCGCUUCAAGGCCCUCACGUGAACCGAAUUCUCCGCAUCGUAAAUAAAACUGCGAGCACUUUUCUGUCUGAUCGUCGCAUGGGGGCUGUCACCACGCGGGAAGGCGCCGCUGUUGUCUCAUCCACACGGGCCGCGCGGUGAGGGGGGGUGGUGCGAUGUUGCUGCCAUGCGUCGCGCCCAUUGAGCCUGCGGAGGCAUUUUCCAAACGCGACGCCCUCACGGCCGAUGGCUCCGAAGCCUCCUCGCUUUCCAAUGACAUCACGGGAUCUGCAACCUCCGCCGCGUAUUGUGAACAUUCAAUCGGCACCGCGGUAUUAACCAGGGCGACCACUGGGCUGAAACCGCUCAGGCGAUCGUCGCCUCGCUCAAUUCACGACACGCGUGGCACUCCUAUCGAGUGUCACGAUAGGAGUGUCACGUUGGGGUUUUUUUUGGGCCUGUGCUGAGCAACUGCGCUAACCACCGCGUCGCCGCGAACCGGGAUGAGUACGUGACGGCCGAGUCACGUGACGCCGCGCGGUUCUCGUGGAGCCACCGGCGCCGUGCCGCCUCUCCCGGCUCGGCUCGGAACACGCGACCCGAGCCACCGAGGACCCGUGCCGAGCCACCGAGGACCCGUGCCGAGUCACCAGGACUCGCUCCAAUGACCUCUCCUAAGCCGAGGGGAUCUGCAGGGUCCCCUGGGCCCGCUGAGGAGGGGGGUCGCUGGUGCUGCUGGGAGUGAUGUCGCUGGUGGAGCGGCAGUGGAGGACAUGCCGACAGAAGAUGGAGCAAGAUCGCAUGCAGCUACACCGGCUGCAGGAGGCACUGGAGAGGGGGAGCUCGUUGGUGGGCCGCGAGAGUGAGCGACAUGCUGAGUGCGAGCGGCGCCUUCACUGCUCCUGCGCUGCAUCCUCGCUGGCCGCUCGCCCACGCCUCCUUCGCGCCGAGCGGCGCCUCCUGGAGCUCGUGGCGGCCACCACGCACGCCCGUCACCGGGCCGAGGAGGCGCGGGAACAUGCGGACGAGCUGGUGGCAUCUCAUGCGCGCUCGCGGGCCAGGCUCGGGGGUGGCGACGAAAGGGAGCCGGCACCCCCCACGAGCCCCACCCUGGCUGCCGCCACCCAGCGCUGGCGCGACCUCGUUGCUCUGCGUGACGAGCGCCUCUCGGGCCUGCUUGGCACCAGUCUCACCGACUGGCACGCUGGGCCGCUGCACGCACAGGCGGAGAUGGAGGCGCUGCGCUUGGAGCUGCUGCAUCUGAAGCAGGAGGAGGCAGCAAAGUCCACGGAGCUUGAGGAGCAGAAGCAGGCGCUAACGCACGCCCGAAGGGGGCUGGAGGUGGAGCACAAGCGUUGUGAUGCGGUGUUACGACGUCUGCGCGGGCAGCUGGCCGAGGCUCGGUCCCAGCGGGGUCAGCCUCCACUGCGACCCCACACGACCCCACUGUGACCCCACACGACCUCACUGUGACCCCACACGACCCCACCGUGACCUCACACGACCCCACUGACUCCUCACGACCCCACUAUGACUCCACUGUGACCCCACACAGGCCUACUGUGACCCUACACAAUCCGACUGUGACCCCACACGACCCCACUGUGACCCCACACGACCCCACUUUGACCCCACAUGACCUCACUGUGAUGACCCCACUGUGACCCCAAUCGACCUCACUGUGACCCCAAUCGACCUCACUGUGACCCCACACAACCCCACUGUGACUCCACACGUCCCCACUGUGACCCGACAAGCCCACUGUGACCCCAAGCCUAAUGAUGACCCCGGCUAUGAAUUUGACCCCUAGGGCAAUAGAGGGGCUGGAUAUGGGGCGAGGUGGUGGUGCGGUGGCUUUGAGAUGUUAAUUACCUCGCCUGGUAUACAGGAGAUUGUUGUUUCGAUCCCGACCUUUGACGCCUCCACAUUUAGAAUAA